UCGUGGGGAGUUUUUAAGUAGAUCUGCAACCACCUCAAGUUUAACACAGAAAAGACUUGUUUAUAUGAUUCACUCAUUACAUAUACACUCUCGCUGGUCCCCACCUAGUGGAGCAACGAUGCUCGCGCAGAGAGGGGCACCGAAUGAAUUAGUGAACGAGUCAUUUUUGUGAACAAAUUCCAAAGAUUCGAUUAAUCAUCCAUUAAUUCAAAGAAAAGGUUUCCACUUCAAAGUCCUUUUUUGAUUUGUAUGGGUGGGCGUGGCCACAUACAUGUUGUAAGUUACAAAGAAGAGCCUGCUUGGAAACGUAGCUGUGACCGCCUGCCCUAAUGAAAAGAAAUCGGUCUGAAUUCUCGCGAUCAUAGUUCUGGCCACCGUUUAAUCAAACACAAUGCAAGUUAAUCCAAAACGCUCUUUCCGCCAGCCAAUCUUAGCCUUUAAGAGGCGGGGGAUAUAGAGCAACAUGUGCAAGAUGAUCUCCCAAUACACUGACUGACAGAGAACGGAGCGCAAGAAACUUUUCAGAAAGCACAGAUUAUCCUAAAGUGUUUGCAUCUAAAAUGGUAUCGAUUAAACGGUUGACAUCUCUGUUCUCUGUUUCUUGGGAGCAAACGCUCAUAUGUCUGGGCAGUUUGUUCGUUACACUCUUCAUUUUGCUGGUAGUUCGCCAGCUCCUAAAGCAGCGGAGACCCCGAGGGUUUCCCCCUGGACCGACACCUUUACCCAUGAUAGGGAAUAUUCUGUCCCUAGCCACAGAGCCUCACGUCUACAUGAAGAGGCAGAGUGAUAUCCACGGACAGAUUUUCAGUCUAGACCUGGGAGGAAUCUCGACUGUUAUUCUAAAUGGAUAUGAUGCCAUUAAAGAGUGCCUGUAUCACCAAAGUGAGGUUUUUGCAGACCGUCCAUCCCUCCCUUUAUUUCAGAAGAUGACAAAAAUGGGAGGCCUUCUGAACUGCAAAUACGGUCGAGGCUGGAUUGAACACAACAAACUGGCUGUGAACUGCUUCCGCUACUUUGGCGGCGGUCAGCGGAUGUUUGAGAGGAUUUCUGAGGAGUGCCUGUUUUUUCUCGAUGCCAUUGACCAGCAUCAGGGGAAGCCCUUUAACACUAAGCAUCUUGUGACCAAUGCUGUCUCCAACAUCACCAACCUCAUUAUCUUCGGGCAACGUUUCACCUACGAUGACAGCGAUUUUCAGCACAUGAUUGAGAUCUUCAGCGAGAAUGUGGAGCUGGCAGCCAGUGGCUGGGCUUUCCUGUACAACGCCUUCCCCUGGAUGGAGUACGUGCCCUUCGGGAAGCACCAAAAGCUCUUCCGCAACGCCAACGAGGUGUACGACUUCCUUCUGCAAAUAAUCAAGCGCUUCUCACAGGAUAGGGUACCCCAGUCGCCACAACAUUACAUUGAUGCCUACUUGGACGAAAUGGAGCAGAGCACCACCGAUAAAGCUACAUCUUUCUCUCAAGAUAAUCUCAUUUUCUCUGUUGGAGAACUCAUCAUUGCGGGCACAGAGACUACCACAAAUUGUCUGCGCUGGGCUAUGCUCUACAUGGCUCUGUAUCCCAGGAUACAAGAAAAGGUCCAAAUGGAGAUCGAUUGCGUCCUGAAUGGCAGACCACCUGCUCUUGAAGACAAGCAGAGGAUGCCGUAUGUGGAGGCAGUGCUGCAUGAAGUCCUGCGCUUUUGCAAUGUCGUCCCACUGGGCAUCUUCCGCGCUACGUCUCAAGAUGCGGUGGUGCGUGGCUACACUAUCCCCAGGGGCACCAUGGUCAUCACGAACUUGUACUCGGUGCAUUUUGAUGAGAAGUACUGGAGCGACCCAUCCAUCUUCUGCCCAGAGCGGUUCCUUGACUGUAAUGGCAAAUUUGUCCGGCAUGAAGCAUUUCUUCCUUUCUCCAUUGGUAAGCGGCACUGUCUGGGAGAGCAGUUGGCCAGGCUGGAGAUGUUCUUGUUCUUCACCACGUUGUUCCAGAGGUUCCAUCUUCAGUUCCCCGAAGGCUUUAUUCCAAGCCUCUCUCCGAAACUAGGCAUGACCCUUCAGCCUCGGCCGUACUCCAUAUGUGCCAUCAGGAGACAGCAGUAAACCUUGCCCUGUGAGCUCUGGAACACAUGCACUCACCUCAGAGGAUCUUACUAAGAAACGCAAACGGCAGAGCAGCUCCCCGUCUUAAAUUCCACCAGGUUUUCAGCGGGGAAUACUGACCUCUGAUAUUGAUUUGUUAAGAUUCUCAGAACCUGUCCUCUAUAGUUUCACAGAACCCAGCCUGAGAGUGAUAAGAGAACUGUUACAGAACACAUGCUCUGGAGAGCAAAGAAUGAGCACAUGUGUGUUACCAAAUGAGAAUGUACAUGAGGGUAUCAAGAUAAAUGUAGCAUGUAUCUUUCAUAACUUGAACCAAUAAGUGUACUGUGUAGCAAAGCGAACGUUGUGCUUGUCAAUAUGAGAAGAGCUGUUGUGUCAAUGAUUGACAGGGUUUACCUCUAUAAUGGUUUGGAGGUCUGUCUUUUCCAGCAUUCCUUGAAUUCCCUCAUUUCUGGAGUCAGGCAAGUGAGAGGAGAACAGCUGCCUUUCCCAGAAAGUUUUGGAAAUGCUUCAUGACUCACGUUGGUUUAAUGCCAUAUAUCAAUUCUGCAAUAACAGCCCUGUCCCUAGUUUAUCUCAAUGGAAAGAGAUUAUCGAGAAACUUGAACUGCAAUAUUUCUGUGAAAAAAAAAAGGUGCUUUCGUGAAAAGCUGGACUACAGUAUACAUUUUAUAGCUCAAUAUUAUUUUUACUUCACUUUUAACAAGUUUUUUUUGCAUGUUAUGAUAAAAAAAUGAAAAACCUGACAAAAAAAAUUGUAUAAAAUAAAGACAAAA